AUGCGCCCUGUCGUCCCCGAAUAUCCCCCUUCGCCUGCUCGCAAAUCCUCGUCGACCGAACAGCCCCUUCCGCCAUGGGCCGAAGCUCAACAGCCCACGACCUUCUUCCUCGCACGAGACGCUGACGACGAUCUGGUCUCGUCCACGCACAACGCCUCUCCGCGAGACAGCAUGUACGGUGUCCAGAGUCUCGAAGAAACAAUAAGCACCGCAAAUGGCUCCUUCUCAGCCAAGGACGAUGUGCAUUGUAGCGCCAAGGAUUACGACACAUCAUCCACACGUCGGACGACGCUCAAACCGUCCGAUCUACUUCACCAUGUCGAUAGAACAGACCUCUCUGUGACAGGCUCCCAUGGCCGGCCCUCGCCCAUUGUUGCCCCGUCUCGUCCCUUGACGCCGUUCGGCCUGACUGACGAUCCGUCGUCAUUGCCCAGCAGCCCCAAGUCUACGUCCCUCCGGUCAUUCAAACCGCUCGACGACCUAUCGGUCACCGACGAUAUCAGCAGUCAGGCCCUGGUAUCAAGCGGAGAGGAAGAUGAAGAGACUCCGGAGGCGGCGGAGAAGUUGACAGAUGGCGACACUGAUGGCUCUUCGCAACUAAUCAUGCCCAGUAUCCGCAUGCCCAGUCGGCGGCCAUUUACCGAUAGAGGCAAGAGAUUUGGUAGAUUCAAGAUCAUGGUUGCUGGCGCAAAAGGCUCGGGGAAAUCGUCAUUGAUCAAGUCCAUUGUCCAAGCAUGCGACGACAUCGUCCACGUCGAUCCGGUGGAAAAGCCCAUUUUGCCCGAUAACAGUAGGCCUCGGUCGACGAUAACCUCCAAGAACCCAGUUGCUUUGUCGCUCUCGGAGAUUUACGCAAGCACCAAGCCUUACCCACCGUGGUGGUCUGACCUCGAGGACUCGCGCGUUCUACGGCGGCGGAAGAAUAGCGGGGAAGUUGUUCUAGAAAGGAAUCUAUGUUUCGUCGAUACCCUGGCUGCAAGCAAGAACCGGCUGCAUCAAACCGAAGCAAUCAUCCAAUAUAUGAAACAGCAGCUGUCCCGCGCGGUAGCCUCAAUCAGACAACCCUGUCUCGACUUUCAAAACAUGCUAGGGGGGAACGGAGGCUCCCAAGUGGAUGUCCUGCUUUAUCUUAUUUCUGAAGACACACUUUCAUCGGAUGUAGAAUGCAUUCAAAAACUCUCCGAAUUUACCAAUGUUAUUCCCCUGAUAUCAAAAUCGGACUUGCUCUCCGCCCCCCAAAUCGCUGAAUUGAAGAAAUCGUUUCAUUCCCACAUCGACAGUCGCGGCAUUCGGCCAUUUUCCUUUGAGAGCUCUGGCUCGCCAGAAGACUCACCUCUGCAGACACCGUUUGCAGUAUCUUCGACACGGUCGAGCGAUGACGACAAUAUGGAUGCUAGUGUCUUGAUGAGCCCAGACUACAUACAACCUUUGGUGCAGUCUGAACUGGACGAGCUAUUAGACAAAGUGUUUGAUGGCGACAACAUGUCCUGGCUUCGUCAUUCAGCGGCAAAGAAGGUUAUCCAAAACAGAAACUGGGUUCCCUCUGAAGCCAGUGGCCCCAAGGCCUUGCUCCAGCGCUCUACCAGUCCAGGAGUCCCUCCCUACACAAACGCUCUCUUUUCCGUAGGAGCCCCCGGAUACACGCUGGCCCGAGUAUCCGACUAUACGCAAAGCGAGGAAAAGCUGGCCCGCGUGCGACUGGCUAAAUGGGCAGCGGAUCUGCAACAAAGCCUGGAGAAUGAACGCGAGCGAUACGCAGCUCUUGCGCGCGGUGAACGAGCAGUUUGGCUGACUGAACGGCUGGGCGAAUGUGUUGUCGACGGGAGUCUCGUCCCAAUCAAUCAGACCCCCGGCUUUCCAGCAUGGACGGUUGACAUCGACCAAACGACUGGCGGAACCGUCGUGCGUACGUGCAGUGGACAGAAGGGGCAGUAUCGACUGACCAAGCUCAGCCCGCAAGAUCCGCUGGGACUAGUCCGAUGGAACGACGAUCUGCGGCGCCGAGGCUGGAUCAUGGUACAGGUCGUUGGCAGUUUCGGAAUCGUGGGCGGUUUGGCGCUCUGGUUGGCCAAGUUUUGGGGGCUGCCUUCACAGAGCUUGUAUGAAUGGCGGUUCGACUGGCUCAGCUCGGAGGACUAG